AUGGACUAUAAUAGGAUGAACUCCUUCUUAGAGUACCCACUCUGUAACCGGGGACCCAGCGCCUACAGCGCCCAUAGCGCCCCAACCUCAUUUCCCCCCAGCUCGACUCCAGCAACUGACAGCUACGCGGGCGAGGGCCGCUAUGGUGGGGGGCUGUCCAGCUCCGGGCUGCAACAGAACUCGGGCUAUCCCGCUCAGCAGCCGCCUUCGGCCUUGGGGGUGCCCUUCCCCACCGCGACAUCCUCAGGGUAUGCCCCGGCCGCCUGCAGUCCCAGUUAUGGGCCUUCUCAGUACUACCCUCUGGGUCAGUCGGAAGGAGACGGAGGCUAUUUUCAUCCUUCGAGCUACGGGGCCCAGCUAGGGGGCUUGUCCGAAGGCUACGGAGGGGGCCCCGGGCCGUACCCCACGCCGCAGCCACCUUAUGGGAACGAGCAGGCGGCGAGCUUUGCACCGGCCUUCGCUGAGCUUCUCUCUGAGGACAAGGACUCCUCCUGCUCAUCAGAACCCAGCACCCCCACAGCCCGGACCUUCGACUGGAUGAAGGUUAAGAGGAACCCGCCCAAGACAGCCAAGGUGUCGGAGCUGGGCCUGGGCGCGCCCGGCGGCCUCCGCACCAACUUCACCACGCGGCAGCUGACCGAGCUGGAGAAGGAGUUCCAUUUCAACAAGUACCUCAGUAGAGCCCGCAGGGUGGAGAUCGCCGCCACCCUAGAGCUCAAUGAAACCCAGGUCAAGAUUUGGUUCCAGAACCGGCGCAUGAAGCAGAAGAAGCGAGAGCGGGAGGGAGGCCGGGUGCCCCCAGCCCCACCUGGCUGUCCCAAGGAGGCAGCUGGAGACACCUCGGACCAGUCGACUUGCACCUCCCCAGAAGCUUCGCCAAGCUCGGUCACCUCCUGA